AUGAAAGUUGAUUCGUUCAGUUUGUUCUCAAAAUCAAUAAAUAAACACAAGGGUUCUGUAUUUGAAGCCAGUAGAUACAAACGGCAAUUGUCAUUUUAUCCAAAUAAUGAUAAAAAUUACUUGUCUUUGUACUUGACGAUAAUAUGGUGCAAUGAUGAUGAUGAUGAGAGUGAUGAUAUUGCUCCGAGUAUUAAUUGGGAGGUUAAUGUUAACUUCACUUUGUUUGUCUAUAAUCAAACAAAAGAUAAUUAUUUGGUCUUUCAAGUUGUGAGACGUUUUCACGAGAUGAAGAAAGAAUGGGGAUUUGAACAAAUAAUAUCACUUGAAACAUUCAAAGAUGUGCAUAAUGGAUACGUGGUUAAUGACUCGUGUGUAUUUGGAGCUGAAGUUUUUACCAUAAAUCAAACUGCUCCAAUUUCCGCAACACUUUUAGUUCAACGUCGAUUCAUAGAUAAUCCUAUCUUUCGUUGGGAAAUUAAAGAAUUUUUUAAGAUAACGAACAAAUAUGAACACAAUUCUCAAGUAUUUUUUUCUGGAGCAAUAGAGUGGCAUUUAAGUAUCGGUCCAAACGGGCAACUAAGCAGAGAUGGAAAAUCGUUGGCAAUGUUUUUAAUGAUGGAACAUCCAAAAGAAUCAACAACUUAUGUUGAGUUUUGUCUCUGA